GAAGGGCAGGGCGAGGACGAGGACGACCGCGGCGUCGCGCCGCUCCGCAGCCGCGCCGGCCUCCGCGGGCGGGGGCCGCUCGGGGAUGGCGGCCCGCCUCCGGCGGGGCCGCCAUGACGCGCGGGGCCAGCUCGGGCUCCUCGUCCGAGAGGUCGAACGCCUCCAAGGGCGAGGGGGCGAAGGCCGAGAAGGCCAAGUUGAAGGGCAAGGCGAAGGGCCAGAAGGCGAAGAAGGACGCGAAGCCGCCCGCGUCCGCCUCCAGCCAGGACGCCUCGGCCUCCAGGUCCUCCUCGCUGGAAGACGGCAAGAAAGGCAAGAGGGGCAAGAAGAAGGCCUCAGGCACCAGCGACUCCUCGGACCAGUCGGACGUCGACGGGCUGGAGCCGGAGUGGCAGAAGGUCGAGGGCCUCAAGCGGGAGCUGAAGCAGAGGCAGGCCGCCAGCAAGAUCGCCGAGGCUGGGCUAGAGGACCUGAAGACGAGGUCUGCCGUGGCCUCAGAGAUUUGCAAGGAGGCCGGCGAGAAGAGCUCCGCCACCCGGGCCGAGGCCGAGGCCGCCGCAGAGCAGCUUAGGGCCGCCAAGGCGGCGGCGGUUGAGGCGGCCAAGCGGCACAAGGCCGCGGAGGCGAGCGCCGAGAAGGCCACCAAGGACCUCGAGGAAAUCAACUCGAAGCUCGAGGAUGGCAAGAACGCGGCGAAUAUGCUGGCAGGGGAGGUUGCGGGAGUGAGGAAGAAAAUCGAGAAGGCCAUCAAGAGGGCGGAGGAGGCCGACAAGAAGAGGGCGGCAGAGGAGGCCGCCCGCAAGAAGGCCGAGGAGGAGGCGGCGGCCGCCAAGCGGCGCGCCGCCGACGCCACCAAGAAGGCGCGGCGCUCCCGCACGCGGUCGUCCAUCAGCCGGCACAGGUCGCGGGACUCUAGGGGGCGCUCCAAGUCCAAGCGCAGGAGGUCGCCGUCUCGGGACCGCGACAAGGACCGCGACCGCAAAGACAAGGACGCCGACCGCAAAGAUAAGGACGCCAAGGGCGACAGGGACCGCCGGGACGACCGCCAGCGUUCCCGCGACCGCCGGCCGCGCUCGGAGGCGAGCAGGAGGUCCAAGAGCGCCUCGCCGCUGAAGAGGCGGCGGCCGCCUGAGCAGGCCAAGUCCCGGAGCCGGUCCAUCAGUCGGCACCGGCAGCCGCGCGCGCAGGAGGGUCCGCGCGAGGCCGGGCGGCGGGAGAGGUCCAAGAGCAUCCCCCGCGGCAAGGAGAGGGCGCCGGCGCCGCACAGGGUCCGCGAGCGGUCCCGGAGCAUCCCCCGCGAGCGGGGCCCCGAGCAGCAGCGGCGGCGCUCGCCCUCGCGCAGCAGGCGCCCGCCCACGCCGCCGCCGAGGCCGAAGGCUUCGGAGGACGCACCGGUGGCUGCCAGCGGGCGGAAGUCUCGCUCGAGGUCGAGGCGGAAGUCCCGUUCCAAGUCCAGGCGGAAGUCGCGCUCCAAGUCGCGCUCCAAGUCCAGGCGGAGGGAGAGACCGCCGACUCCGCCCCCGAAGCCGAAAGCACCGGAGGACGCCCCGGCGGCCACCAACGGGCGGAAGUCGCGCUCCAAGUCGAGGCGGAAGUCACGCUCCAAGUCGAGGCAGAAGUCGCGCUCCAAGUCGCGGCGGAAGUCGCGCUCCAAGUCGGCGCGGAAGUCGCGCUCCAAGUCGGCGCGGAAGUCGCGCUCCAAGUCGGCUUCGAAGUCCCGCAGCAAGUCGCUCACCCUGGGCGUGAGGAUGCCGCACGACCAGGCGGGAGCCGCUCGCGCGGAGGGCUCGCACCGCCCGGGGCUCCUGGGGCGGCAGGGGGAGGGGGCCAGUCGUCAAGUUUUCGGGUUGUGUAUUUGGGUGC